AUGAGUGUACCCGUUGAACGCCGUCAGUCUUGGGAUUGGCCUCUUCAAUCGAACGAUGAAUUUGUGGGACUCAUUGAUGAUGACACACAUUUUGAAGUCAGUCUAGAAGCGAAAUACUUCACGGCUAAGGAAAUUGAGGUGAAAACUAUAGGAGACCUGAUCGAAAUCCAUAUGGAUCAUGAAGCGCGUGGUAACGACAUAACGAAUGUUAGUAGGAGCAUUACAAGGUGCUACAAACUUCCAGCAGGUGUUGAUCCGUCGACGUUGAAGAGCAACCUGGACAAACAUGAUCAGCAGCAAGAACUGCCCAUCAGUGCCGAAGACGACAAAGCCGGGCAGUUAACGUAA